GAUUUGUCGUGUUACCUAUAUACAUUCGUAUGCAAGAGACGAACCCUUCGCUGCCGAGUAGUGGGCUUGCAGAGAUCACGCUUGGGCUCGGGGAUGAAGUAUGUGCCUACCACACGGUACAUAUCCACAUCGAUAGUAUUGGUCCAUCCGAGUCGGAGGUGAGUUCUACAUUAUUUGAAGAAUUUCUCAUCAUCCGGAGCGAUCUUCGCGGUCAAUUAUUUUGGAGCUGCUCGGAUUAAAAAUAAACUUUCUACGUGGAGGUCAAAUCUAGUCAAACAGUUACAUCAAAUAUACGUGUCAAGUGAAGCCACAUACUAAAUGUUGGUGAAGGUUACUUGCGUUCGCGCAAGAUAAGUGGAAGUGCAAUUCUGAUUUACUCCUCUGAUUGCGGUUGUGUUAUCCAAAUGCGAAAGGUAUCUUCGUAAGAUUAAAUAUACCGCAGUGGUGAUGAGUCAUUCGUGGCUCCCCAAACAGCCUCCCGAACUAAGUUCUUGGAAAUAAAACACUGUUGUUGCCUGCAUUGGAUUACGGAAGUUAAUGUGGCGUGGUUCUGCAAGCUUUCACAUCUUAUGUCGUAGUUGCUAGAAACCAGUUCUACCGGACCCUCCCUGUAAAACGAGCAAGAUUGGAGUGACAAUCCCAAAGUUGGGGUUCAAUUGAAGUUAAGGUGUUUAUUUGUGCGCAAGUUAGAUCGCAAUUAUGGCUGUGAAAGCAAUGUGGCUUAGUGCUUGGAUGGUGUUCUUAACCUUCUGCGCUUUGACGAUGCCGGUGGCAAUGGACCAAUGCCACGAUGAUAAACCCUGCCCGGAGGAUGAAUACUGUGAUCAACAUAGCUAUUCCUGUAGUCCUUGUAGUGAAAUUUGUUCCACUGCUGUAACCAAAGUGGAUUGUAAUAAAAAAUGUAAAGACUACCUCAUCUUGCAAAGGAUCGCCACCCUGGAAAACAAUUUGUACACCACCAUUAUCAUUUUUGCCAUCAUUCUCCUCAUGCUAGCGGUUACGGUAGUGGUGAUCAUCGUUCGCUGGUGCCGCAAAAGCAACCACAUCUCCUGGGCCUUCCUAAAACGUCUUCUGGCGCGGGAAAAGUCCCAUCCGCCGACGAUGGAGUACACCCACGAAAAUCCCCACACCAAGAGUCCAAAACUGAGCACUCGAUCCGGAAACAAUAGCACCACGCUACCACCCUUGCCUCACAUUGCCACGAUCGGUCCUCCCAGCACCUAUAUGGGCUCGGAUGUUGCUUCGGUUCAAACCGUCACGACCCCUAUCAGUGGACGCUACCCGGCGGAGGAUUGGAGGGAGAAUCAUGGCUACGAUAAUGGCGGUCUGGUGGUGACUCCCACGGAAAAUACUUACGAGUACGUCGAAGCCAAGAUGAACAUGCGACGGCAGAUGCCGUUUCCCAACUGAUCAAAUGGUUGGCUAAUCUUUGAAUAAAAAGGGAAAGAUCGUUCCUUAAAAAAAGUAUUUAUAUUUUCGGAAAAAUAAAUUUACAAAAAUCGCAUGAUUCCAAUUAAAUUCGAUUUGGACACGUGUAUUCGGCUAUAUCAUUCAUCACACAUGAAGAUGGCACUUAUUUGUGAGAUUCGACAAUUUCGUUAUAGUUAAGUCUUACGCGUAAAUUGCAUGGCAAUUUUAUUCGAGCUUCCAGUUGUAGAUAUUGGCUACCUAUUUUAAAAACAAAUCUAAAUCAUAAAGAAUCAUAAAAUUGAAAUAAGACAUUCUGACUUAAGUAUUGAUACCAUUAGCAAGUAAGUUUGUGAAAUCAUAGUUCAAAGUUUAAGUUAAUCAUAAGCCAUUAAAAAUCAAAGUACUGCAUCACACAAAACUGUACAAA